ACUAAGCAUUAAGGACAUUGGUACACUCAAUUACCUUUCUUUAGCGAAAUGCAAAAUGCUUCAAACACUCCUAGAGCUUCCAUCCAGUUUGGUUGGGUUAGACGUGUCCUAUUGUUAUUCGCUGCAAAGAAUUGCAAAUCUGAUCCCUUUCACCAUAGCUCGUGAUUGUGAUCAAUUAGUCCACAUCCAAGAUUUGAUUAAGCUAGAAUUAAUCCAAAAGGUUGACUCACACUUGUUGAGAAUAAUGGAAAUGGCAGCGUUCAAAUGCAGACGUGGAGAUUUCAGAUGGAAACUUCAGGGCAACAGAUUCAAUGUUGUCCUUGAAUAUGAUGAAAAUGAGAUGUUGGGGUUUCAUGAGGAGGAAUGGCUAAUUCAGAAGGAGUUUGAAGAGCAUUUGCCAUUCAAAAUAUCCUCACCUGCUACACACCAGAUAUGUGGCUUUAAUCUAUUCACAUGGUUUUCUGCUACGCCAGUAUCCAAUCCGUAUCUUCAUGUUUAUCUUGAAAUCAGAAACAAUACCAAGGGUAGAGUCUGGGUUUUUUACCCCUCGAUUUUUCCGAUAGAAUUUUCAGCUGAAAAAUCUGAUUUGUUAUGGCUUAGCUAUUGGAAAUUUGGGUCCAAUGAUCCUGGGUUUGAUGCCGGUGAUGAAUUCAGUGUUUCAGUGUUUACAGAUAAUCCGGUUGUUCAAAUAAUGAGGGUUGGUGUACUAAUGGUGCAAGAAGAGGAAGGAACUGAUGAUGAUAGCAGCUCAUCGAACACGAGGGAUGAUGUACAUGUAGCAGCUAAAGCAGAAAUAGCUUCUCAUAUUUUUAGAAAAUAUUUUUGCAGUGACCGUUAUGAUUUUGAUAACGAAAUUUCACAAGAGUGUAUAGAUAUUAUGCAAUAUGGUUAUGACGAACCAGAGUCCAAAGAAUCAGAAGAUGCUCUACAAGAGGCACAGAAGCAAGUCCUCAAAGUUAAUAGAAAGAAAGACAACAAAGUAAAGGCCAUCAUUUAUCAAGAGUCCAAAGAAGUGGACAAGUUGACAGUGGAUGAGCUUAUGAGUUCUUUGCAAGCUUAUGAACAAAAGAUUGUAAAAAGAAAUAGAGAUAAAGCAAUUGAGCGUGCCUUACAAGCAAAGUUGUCUCUCAAAAACAGAUACAAAGGAAGAGGUGGUAGAAACACCAUCAGAGGAGGUCAAGGACAACAAGCAUUCACUCUUAGAGGAAGAGGAGGUGGUUACAAUAACCGUGACAAGAAGAAUAUUCAGUGUUAUAAUUACAAUCAAUUGGGGCACUAUAACACUGAAUGUCAAAAGAAAACUCCAUUAGAGGUACGUGAAUAUACCAACUAUGCAGAGGAGGAUGCCAAUAACAGAGGAGCAGCUGUAUUAUUGUUCAACAAGGACUUAACAAGAAUCAAGAGAAUAUUUGGUAUCUUGAUUUUGGAGCCAGCAAUCAUAUGUGUGGCCAACAAGAUUUGUUUGGUGAUCUAG